AUGUUCAUCGUUGGCUUUUCCUCCCGCCCGGGUCGCGAAAAGGAUACCUUCCGCAACCUCAAGGAGACGGGAGAAUGUGUCAUCAACACAGUAUCGGAAAGCAUGAUUGAGGCAGUUAAUGCGUCGUCCAUCGAUGCUCCGUACGGCCUGUCGGAAUGGCAAAUCUCGGGUCUGCACGAGGCACCUACGUCGACGGUGAAGCCUUCGCGUGUUCAAGAAAGCGUGCUCUCGAUUGAGGGCAAGGUCAUCGACAUCAAGGAGUUUGGUGCCCCUUCGGAAGGCAUGAGCGUAGCAGGGCUUGCGCUCAUCAAGGCGACGCGAUUCUGGGUACGCGAGGAUGCGACGAACCAGGAGGCCAGUCACAUCGACUUGGAAAAGCUUCGACCGGUGGCGCAACUUGGUGGCAUGUCGUACGGGCGCAUCCUGUCGACGUUUGAACUGCCGAGAAAGAGGUGGCAUGACGAAUACCCGCAGAAUGAGACCCUAACCAAUCUUCAACAUCAGUGA